AACCGUCGGCUUUUAUUCAUGGCUACUCGAUGCUGAUCAUCUUCUCAGAAUCCAACAUUUGAAUCCAACUUCACACAUUUACCAUUACCAUUACCAUUACCAUUGAUGGCGGUAUACAGAGCUGAUGAUGACUACGAUUAUCUCUUCAAAGUCGUUCUUAUCGGAGACUCCGGUGUUGGCAAAUCCAAUUUGCUUUCCAGGUUCACCAGAAACGAGUUUAGCCUUGAAUCUAAGUCCACAAUCGGCGUUGAAUUCGCCACCAGAAGUAUUCGUGUUGAUGAUAAGAUCAUCAAGGCUCAGAUUUGGGAUACUGCCGGCCAAGAAAGGUACCGUGCAAUCACAAGUGCAUACUACCGAGGAGCCGUUGGUGCUUUGCUUGUUUACGACACAACACGCCACAUCACCUUCGAGAACGUCGAGAGAUGGUUGAAAGAACUCCGAGACCACAGCGAUUCAAACAUCGUGAUAAUGCUAGUAGGAAACAAGGCCGAUUUGCGUCAUUUACGCGCAGUUUCCACAGAGGAUGCAAAAACCUUCGCUGAAAAGGAAAACACCUAUUUUAUGGAAACAUCAGCUCUCGAGGCCCUGAACGUAGAAAAUGCUUUCACUGAAGUCCUUACCCAAAUAUACCACGUAGUUAGCCGAAAAGCACUCGAUAUUGGGAACGAUCCUGCAGCAUUGCCUCAAGGUCAAACCAUUAAUGUCGGGUCAAAAGAUGAUAUUUCGGCUGUCAAGAAAGUCGGUUGCUGUUCUACUUGAUAACGAUAGCCAGAAGAUCAAGAUUUUUGAAGUUUUCGGCUGAUAAUUGGGUUAGUUUAUGAGCGAAAUUUGAAAUCUUUAACAAGAAAAGUAGAGAUCAGGCUACUGGUAUUACUUCAAUUUUUCCUGCUAUUUUUGUAUAAUUCAAUUUGUUAACUGC